AUGGAACGACACUCUAGAGAUACAGUAAAUUGUCUAAGAAACUAUCUAAAAAUAUCUCGAUGCCCUAAAUUGAGUGGUCAACUAUCUGGCGAUGGGUCAGAUUUCAUUCAAUCGGUUGAUGGUUUGGAUAGUAGCGCUAAUUCUUUUAAUAUAGAUACGGUGCUGUUAGAUGUAAAACUUAUCCAAUCUAGACAAGGACCUCAAUUCUAG